AUGAAGGAUGAGGGCAUCCUGCAAUCCAUGCACCAGCCGGCAGGAUCCACGCUGAUGGAGGAAAUCAUUUUCCUACCGGAGGAGGUGGAAAAGACCCUG